AAGUAGAGACAGAGCCUCAUUGUAUAGCAAUACCAGUUUCAAAACUUGAAAAGUUAGAAUUUAAAAAAGAGACAAAGUUUCAAAUCUCUGAUUCUUUCUUUAAUAGCUUGCUUCAUAGACCCAAAGAGUUAUACUCUGAAGAAAAGGUUAAUGCUAAAAUCAAAAAAGCUACAGAUAAUUUACAUCAAGAAUUUAUUAAAUCUACUAAGGAAACUUUAAAAACUAUUAAGCAACAGAAAAAUAUAGAAUGCAAUCAAAUUAAGAUAGAUAUGAAAAAUAAUGCUAGAAAUUUAUUUGAGUUUAUAUUGAAAAAAUAUAUUUGA